AUGCAACAAUGCUAUAUUGUUCGCCAGAGCUAUACAUAUGGUGAGAACGGGGAUCGCAUCAAUCCAGGGCGGGUUUGGGACUUUGUAGAAAAUAUCGAAGACACUAGCUUCGACUUUGGUAUCAUGCCGAGGCAACAAUUCAUUGAGAAGACUAUUCGGAUCCGUUUGGAGGCAGCAGGUGUUAAGCUGCACUCUCCUUGUAAGUGCGUGAACAUCGAAAAGACCGAUGAGCCAGACGCAGAUGGCUAUUAUAUUACUGCGACUUUGCGGGAUAUGACCACCAGAGAAGAAUAUACAGUCAAGAGUGCAUACUUGAUGGGCGCCGAUGGAGGAAGAAGCUUCGUCCGCAGGCAUCUCGGCGUAGAAUUUGAGGGGAAUACAACCCAAGACAAAUGGAUUCGAGUUGACGGCAGAGUCAUAACCAACCUUCCCACUCCGAGAAAUUAUGGAUCCAUUCAAAGCGCAAACCACGGCAAUGUCCUCUGGGAACCUCUUGAUCAUGGUGCGACUCGUAUUGGCUUUGUCUUCACCGAGGAACAAGAGCGCAGAUGCAACGGCAAUCUGACAGAAGAGGAGCUCAACACCGGAAUUCAUGACGCUGUCAAUAUUGGCUGGAAGCUCGCAUUGGUCGUGAAAGGGAAGGCUAAACCUACCUUACUCGAGACCUACAGCAUAGAGCGACGCGCCGCAGCCCAAGGCUUGAUUGCCUUUGACCGUAAAUUUUCCACGUUAAUGCCAAAUAAAUGGCCCGAAGACAUGCAUAAAGUCUCGUAUGAGGACAUCAAUGCAGCACUGGCGGAUCUCUUUGAUGAAGCUCAGGGAUACAACACCGGCCUGAAGAUAGCAUAUGAGCCUAACUUGGUCAACGUGGUACCCGCUAAAGAUUAUACCUCAAUCUGCGUUGGUGCUCGCGCACCAGACGCUGGCCUUUUCAAGCCGGGGCUUACUGCGGUCUCUACUACCUUGAACAGCGCUGGGCAUUUCAGAUCUUUUUUCUCGGAUACGGCGAAGCUAGAUACUAUCGUUUCUGCUGAUCCAAAACUAAGCGCUGAAGAGGGACUGGGAGUACCAGCAUUCGGCACAGUUUAUAUGGAUGACAAGAGGCAAGCUCACUCUCGAUAUGGGGUUAAUCUGCGGUAUGGAUCCCUUGUCUUGCGACUAGAUGGACACCUGUGGUUUGCGGCCGAAUUGAGUGUUGCUGGACUCGAGGCUGUGAAGAUGUAUUUGGGCAAGUUCAUCAUCAGCAAAAUGGGGAUUCAGCAAAAAACAUACUGA